CCGCCCCCACCCCUCAUCAAUUCCCUUCUGCCGUCCCGUAACCACGUCCACGAAACGUCACAUAUAAAUAAAAAAAACGUAAACAAAUAUUAAAAUUGUAACCAAUGUCCAAAAUGGCCAAUGUAAACUCUAGUUUGGCGUACGAAAUACUGCUUUACCUAAAUUCCUUCUAUUUGGGAAUGUUUUUCGUUUGUGAAAUCGCUAUGGGUAUUUUGAAGGCGAUAAAUGUUUCGUAUCCUGAGAAUGCAUUACUGACUGAAGCUGGUAUAUUUUGUGUGCUGUGUCUAGCUGAACUGAUACGAAUUUUUUUGGGAAGACGUGGCAAUUUAGCCAGCAAAAAAGUACCUGUGUUUUUCUCCGUGCUGUUAACUAUACCUUGUGCGGUUGGUGUAUGCUAUUUUCUCAUAUAUCAAACAUAUAUCCUAAGAUUAGAAUACAUUUGGUGUGCAGUGAUGCUAAUGUUCCAUGCUCUAGAGCUGACUUUUGCAAUUCUCUUCAUUUUCACAGUGUGCAAGAAUCAUCAGUAUGAAUAGAAUAGGUAUAAAAGUACCCCCCUGCCAAAUAAAUACUGAUGCCAAAUUAUUUUGAUUUUAACAAAAUAUGCUGUACACAAAACUACCUAGAUAUAAUAAUACAUAUUUCUUAUAUUUUGUUUAAAGACUAAUGUUUUAUUCAUUAUCUUAAGACUAAAAAUAUACAAUAUACCUAAUAUAAUAUAUAACAUGGCUUACAUUAUAAUGUAAUACCAUCUAAAACUAUGCUUCAUGUAAAUGCCCCUAGAAAACUAGCUUUCAAUAUAGAUGCUGAUUUCCUGUCCAUAUAGGCUAAUUACUUGUCCAAGAUAGAAAUAAGUAGUUGAGUUUUGUGUACAAUUGUAUUUUUCUAAUUUUUCAUUCUUGUUUAAGGGAGUGUACUUUUCUAAAGACUUUAUAAACUAAGUUACUAGAAUACCUACUUGCUUUGUCUAUUUACUAGAUAAACACACUAAAUAGUGUAAGAAUUUAUACUCUAGUCAGUGCCUACACUUGAUUUCUGUCCGAGAAGUUAGGUCCAUUAGAAAAUAAGCUUAUAUGUAUAGAAAAAAAAUAUAUUUUCUGCAUGGAUUUUUUAUUGUUUGUGAUAUUAAAAUUCGGCUCAAUAAUAUUGUUAUUCUAUUAUGAACAACAAUUUUAUAUUUUUGUACUUUUUCAUAAUCAUUUUACAGCUAAAGUAGUAACUGAUGUUUUGCAUUUUUAUAAAUGA